AUGAAGACACUAGUUGGUACAGCCAACUAUCAAGCACCGGAGCUGUAUGACAGCCAGUCUGCACAAACCCCAGCCAUUGACAUUUGGUCGUUGGGUAUAGUUGCUAUUAUAAUGCUGACAGCGGGCUUGGGUAUAGAGAACACAAUGCCCAAGUUCAACCGGUACACUCAGACUGUAUUGAACAGGACUUUGAAACAGGACAUUUUCCAGCCAUCCCUGAAGCUGUCCAAGAACAGCAAGACAUUUGUAUGGCAAUGCCUUCAAAUUUCUCCAAAGGCCAGAAUUUCGGGUCUCGAAGCCAUAUGUCAUGAUUGGCUAUGCACUCCGGAGAAGCACUUGCUCUUCUUUCAACAGCUAGAUCAUAAAAUCUUAGGCAGCUGGAAAGCUCCAGUCAAGUUGAACCCGCUGCCGCUACAGCUUCCUAGCGUCUUAAUGGGGGCCUUGGCUCAAGCGCGAGGCCAAGAAGAGUUGUUCAAGGCAUAUUCUGAUCUCUCCCGACACUAUCCUCUGCUACAAACAGAGUUCUCAAAAUACUUUGGCAAGGCGACUCUGAAGAACAAUUUGAAAGAAGUUGUGGGUGAAAGGAAGCUCUCCACAAAAGCGGAGUUUGGCCAACCGAGGGAAUCCCAAGCCACGGCCGCAAGCUCAGACGUUCCAGGAAGUUCAGGAACAGGAUCGGCAUUAUUUUCUCGAGAAACAACUGAUACCCAUAAGAAGAGUAUUUUCGUGAUAUCUCCGAAGCGAAAGAACGAUGAAGCUCUACACCGCGAUAUGAAACGGCAAACUGUGCCCGGACGAAAAACGGGUGCCUGA